ACCAUAUCUUUUAAGUUUUACCAGUUUACACUAAACCCUCGAUCUUUUGAAUUACAUCAGCUACGACCCUGUGAAAAACUCCGGUUACAGGCAGCGUUCUCUUCAGUCUUCACUCUUCACUGACACGGCGACACUACAGUCGGGAACAAGCCUUUCGCCUUCCGUUUACUAUUCGAAUGCUUUCACUUGCACGGCGGUGCCGGAGAUCUCUCCAAUGUUUCCAGCCGCUUGCCUCUCAACUACAUUCAACGAGAGCUCUCGCCGCGGCCGCCUCGUCUCCUCCAACCCGUAGGCGGUCAAAAUUCACUCCGGCAGUCAUGAGGAAAACCGAUGACAAAUCUGAAUGGUGGGUCGUCGAUGGUGAAAUGCACGAAAUCGGAGAAAACGUGCCGCCUCGAGAGAGAUUCGUUAUACCCAGGGACAACAUCCCUAACAAACGUCGUAAGCAGCUCCGUGAACAGUUUAUGCGCCGCACUCGCCUCGUUCUCAAAGAAUCGGAGCAUGAGCCCUGGUGCAAAAAGUACAUGGAACUAUAUCAGGAGCUUAGAGAGAAUUGGGAGAGGAUAUACUGGGACGAGGGUUAUUCCAAGAAACAUGGUCAAGAACGUGCAAGCUAUGACUCUGCUGAAGACGAUGAUGAAGACUUUUCACCUUACAGAAGAAAGCAACCCCAUGCUGAGGACAUGAAGAAUCAUGGUUUUGAUAGAAAUAGGCGCGGAGAUACAGUGGAAAAGGCAGGCAUGAUCCGAGAUAAGUUUGAAUUUGACCGGGAGAGAAGAAUGAGAGAUAGAGCUUUUGCACCUAUGAAUGGAGGAAUGCAGUUUACAGCACCUGAUUCACCCUCAAGAAAUCAAUCAUUUGAUGCAAAGAGAUAUCUUUCCUCCAUCAUCUUGCUCGUUUUCUUUUUAUUUGUCUUCUUGCUCAUUUUUCUAAACUUCAAGAGAACCACUAUCAUUUACGUCUUCAUGUUGAGGGGUCAAUUCAGAAUCAAACCAAACUACCGGGUUUUAAAAAACAUAUCUCGUUCAAUUUCACGAUUCAGAAACUCUGGCCGGCGCCAAACCCUCUCUCCAUCGUUCAAAGUUUCUCUUCCGAACAACAAUUUCAAACGGAAGCAGCAGAUGAGUGGGGCGAGACUGUGUUCAUUGUUGGGUGAAUUGGGGUACGAAGGUCAUGGGGCACUUGAUCCAGACAGCUUUGAAUGGCCUUUUCAGUACGAAGAUGCUCGUCCUAUACUCGAUUGGCUGUGCUCCAGCCUCCGUCCCUCCAACGUCCUCUCCGCUUCUGAACUUUCCCAGUAUGAACAAUUUAUACAAGAUGGAAAGCUUUUGGAGGGUGAAGACCUAGAUUUUGCUUAUGAAAGUAUAUCAGCCUUUUCAACAAGGAGAGACAAUCAGGAGGCAGUUUUUGGAGCUGAAGAAGGACUAAAAGAAAUAAGGGAUGCUACUUUAGCCUUUAAAACAGAAGCCAUGGAGCUGCAGAGACAACUUGGACAUCUACAGUCUCAAUAUGACAUGCUCAGUACACAGGCUUCAGCUUUGAUUCAAGGGAAAAGGGCAAGAGUUGCAUCAACAUCUGCUGUAAACGGACUACUCACUACCAUAGAUGAUAGCCUUUCAGCCAGAAACUUAGAGAUGAAUGCAGUUCUUGGACGGAUUGCUUCUACAGCACAAGAGUUGGCUCACUUCCAUUCAGGAGAUGAAGAUGGCAUCUAUUUGGCAUACUCAGACUUUCAUCCAUAUUUGCUUGUUGAUUCAUUGUGUAUGAAAGAAUUAAAUCAAUGGUUUGUUAAGCAACUAGAUACGGGUCCUUAUCGAUUGGUAGCAGAGGAGGGAAAAUCAAAGUGUUCAUGGGUCAAUCUUGAUGACAUUUCCAAUACCUUAGUGCGAGACUCUCAAAAGUCGCAACAUCAACGCGUUUCAGAAUUGCAAAGGCUUCGCUCCAUAUUUGGAACGAGUGAAAGGCAGUGGGUUGAAGCCCAAGUUGAGAAUGCAAAGCAGCAAGCUAUUCUGUUGGCACUUAAAGGUCAAGUAACUUCAGAUGAAGCUCAUAUUCACCUUGAUCUUCAUUCACUUAGGAGAAAGCAUGUAGAAUUGGUUGGAGAGCUUUCAAAUCUACAUACCAGAGAAGACAAGUUAUUAUCUGAGACUAUUCCUGAUCUAUGUUGGGAGCUAGCUCAACUACAAGACACGUACAUUCUACAAGGUGAUUAUGAUUUAAAGGUUAUGCGACAAGAAUAUUAUAUUCAACGUCAGAAAGCGUUCAUAAGUCAUCUAAUUAACCAGCUUGCAAGACAUCAGUUUUUAAAACUAGCAUGCCAAUUUGAAAAAAAGACGAUUCUUGGAGCCUUUUCAUUACUCAAAGUUAUAGAGUCAGAGCUGCAUGGUUACCUAUCCGCAACCAAAGGACGAGUGGGUCGUUGCAUGGCGUUAAUUCAAGCAGCAUCAGAUGUACAAGAACAAGGAGCUGUUGAUGACAGAGAUACGUUUUUACACGGUGUCAGAGACCUUCUGAGCAUCCAUUCAAAUGUUCAAGGCGGUUUGUCGACGUAUGUAUCAGCACCAGGACUAGUGCAGCAGAUCUCCAGCCUCCAAUCUGACCUCAUGGCCCUGCAAUCCGACUUAGACAAUGCCCUUCCUGAAGAUAGAAGCAGAUGCAUUAAUGAGUUGUGCACUCUUAUCCAAAAUUUGCAACAGUUACUAUUUGCAUCUUCCACCACUGCACAGCCGAUUUUGACACCACGGACUCUAAUGAAAGAGCUGGAUGAGAUGGAAAAGGUGAAUGCCAGGCUGUCAGCUGCAGUGGAAGAAGUAACACUCGAACACUGCAAGAAGAACGAGAUUGUGAAGCAUCACUCUCAAGAAAUGGCACUUCAAAGGCAGCACGUGUUAGGGCUUUGCAAGCAUCAUGAAUUAUAUACUCCUACAAUUACAAACAAUUGUCAAUAUCAACCAAACUUGUCUUCACACACCUACGACUGA